UUAGACUUUUACUAAAUUAAAGCACUUUUACUGUUGUUGUUUUUUCUUGUCAAAAUAAAUACUACACAGGAAACAUUCAGAGUGGUGCAUCAUAGGUGCAACCUUUUUACAAAAAUCGCCAUUUGUUUAAAAAUUGACAUUUUUAUACCAAGUUUUCUACUGCACAGUCGUCAUUUGCAUUGUUUUAGGCCGAGGGUCAUCUACAAUUGGCGAAUCAUGACCACAUUAUUGUGGAUGUUUAUUACCGUUGUGCUAGUGCAGGCUGACAACAAGCUUGAACCAAAGAUCGUUGAAAUAUUUCAAUCUUAUCACAACAAGUAUCGAACUAAUGCAGGACUAGGAGUUUUGACCUGGAGUGAUGACUUAGAAGCACAGGCCUGGAAGCAAGUUUUGGAUUGCGAUGAUAAGUUUGUUGACGCGAGAAACUCUUUCCAUGGUGGAGGUUCUCAAUUUAGUUUUGAAAGAAUCGCAAAGAAUGCUGUGAAUAAUUGGGCAAAUAACAGGACAAGUGAGGAUUUCAUUUGGCAUUAUUCCUAUCGAUUUGAUAAAGAAUGCUAUGAUAGUCAGCAGUUACUCUGGAGGAACAGUACCAAACUUGGAUGCGCUAUAAAAUCUGAUUGUCUCAAUAUGCUAAACUAUGCUGUCUGCAUUUAUGAUCAGCCCUGUGUUAAAUCUACUGCGGGUGAACAUGUCCAUAAAACCAGGUUGAUGGUCUUGGGAUCAGUUCUAUUCUUAUCGGAAACAUUCAGAGUGGUGCAUCAUAGGUGCAACCUUUUUACAAAAAUCGCCAUUUGUUUAAAAAUUGACAUUUUUAUACCAAGUUUUCUACUGCACAGUCGUCAUUUGCAUUGUUUUAGGCCGAGGGUCAUCUAAAAUUGGCGAAUAAUGGCCACAUUAUUGUGGAUGUUUAUUACCGUUGUGCUAGUGCAGGCUGACAACAAGCUUGAACCAAAGAUCGUUGAAAUAUUUCAAUCUUAUCACAACAAGUAUCGAACUAAUGCAGGAGCUGGAAAUUUGACCUGGAGUGAUGACUUAGAAGCACAGGCCUGGAAGCAAGUUUUGGAUUGCAAUCUAAGAAAUGUUCAAGCGAGAAACACUUUCCAUGGUGGAGCUAGACCAUUUGAUUUUGAAAGAAUUGCAAAGAAUGCUGUGGGGAAUUGGGCCAAUGAAAGGACAAGUGAGGAUUUCAUUCAUCUGUAUUCCUUUCGUUUGGAUAAAGAUUGCUAUAAUAUUGACCAGUUACUCUGGAGGAACAGUACAAAACUUGGAUGCGCAAUUAAAAAUGAUUGUUACAGAAUGCCAAACUUUGCUGUCUGCGUUUAUGAUCAGCACUGUGUUAGUGCUGGUGAACAUGUCCAUAAAACCAGGUUGAUGGUCUUGGUGUCAGUUCCAAUCCUAUCGGAUUUAUUGUUUUCUAUUUGUUUUAUGGAUAGACAAAUAGCAUAAAUCAUUAUUGAUAAUAUCAAAAAAAUAAUUGCAUAAAUUAAUUAAUCGCCAAGGCUUUUUUUUAUCAGAUUCCUUAAAUAAAUUGUCUUUAAUGCAGUAAUACUUAAACUGUGCUCUACUGAACACGAGAACUACUUCGAUGUCCCACUAUUUACUAGAAGGUAUACACGUGAAUAAAGUAAACGCAGACAAGAAAAAUUUACAUUAUUAACUUGGUAACGGCAAAUAAACAAAUCUCAAACAACAUAAGAAUGAGCUUGAAACUGAUCUAGAAUUUUGUGCAGAUUUUUUUUCUCUAUCAGGCACACUUAAAAUUAUAGCCUAAUAAUGUCAGUUUAAUUUAAAAAGGGAAGUGAAAAAUGCAAAAGAUAUAUACGGAAAAAGGUACUUCCGGCUCAAUUUAUAAUUCUAGUUUUAAACCAAAGAAAUGAAACGCAUAAGCGCAACAUAGCCCAUUAAAGAAAAAGUUUGAGAAACACUACUUUAAAUGGAUUGUUUUUUUUCUUUAUGACCGUUUUUAUUUUUUUUUUAAUUGACUUUUUAAGCGUGUGACUUCACCGACAUAGCCAGGCUGUGAGUUGUAGUAGCAUUAAAAUAGGUUCUCAAACAAAUAAGUUUUCAUUGGACGUUUUGCUAGCUGUUGUUCCAAUGGUGACGUCCUGGAGAUCGAGAGCAUCUGCACAGAAUGCCGUAAAGAAAGAAUAUAAUACAUCAACAUUUUAUCGAG